AUGUAUGCUUUAACAGAACUCGACCAACAUGAAAAUAAUUGUACUCAUAAUCCGAUAAAUUAUAAUCCAACAAUUAUUGUAGAAUUUUCAAUACCUAUUCAACCUUCUCCUUCUCGUGCAUCUUCUUUUCAAACCAAUAUAAACCCAACUAUAUUACCAUAUGAUUCAUUUGCCUCAUUAUCAUCAUUUGGUGAAACAGAUGAUCAUCAGCAAGAUUUAUGCACUUCAUCCGUGCCACUCAUUAUACAAACUGGUGAACGAAGUGCUGUAGUCUGUUCGACAUAUCUUCCAACAAUCACAGUUCAAACCAAAGAACGACCAAAGUCGAAAGUGAAACAAACUUCAAAUGUAUCAGUCGCAUCAACUAAUUUAACAACUAAUACUAUUGAUGGCCAACCGCCCCAAGUACGUCAAGUGUCUAGUUUCUAUGGUAUUAAAACAAGUGGUAUAUUCAACAUUAUUUUAACCAUGGGUACAACAAAACCAGAAAGUGUUAUGCUUGUCAGUGAUCAAGCUAAAUCAUUGGAAAAAAUUGAAACAUCUGUCACAUUGGGCAUUUUAUACAUUCAUAGUUCAUCAUUAAUUAGUACACGACAUCAACAUAUAUCAACUUCUACACAUACAUGUUCGAUAAGUAAUCAUCGCGGUAAAGGUAAGACAGAUGUAUAUAUAAAUAUUCACUGUUUACGUAGCUUAAAAACAAGUCGUAUGGAAUCGGUUGAAAUUUCUGCUAGCAGUAUUAAUGUUGAUAUAUUUGAUCUUGAAUGUAGUGGAUUUAAUUCAAUCUAUGGAAGUAUACAUGUCAAAGAGUUUAAUGCUACUAUCAAUGGUUUUUUUGAUGGUAGUAGUAAAUUUCAUGGUUUUGAUUUACGAACUAAAAUAGCUCAUAUAAUUAUCCAUAGUAAUUGUUAUGGUGAAAUCAAUUAUAAUCAAACAACAACUGCCUAUAUUUCCAAUGAUAAUGACGGAGAAGCAAUUAAAUACAAGGAUAAUCCAAGUAUAAUUCGAUCUCUUGAUUCAACAGGAGAAGCUAUUCAAAAAAUUGAUUGA